AUGAGCAGCGAUUAUAUUUUAAUAUUGAUUGUUUUUGAUAGUUUGAAAUAUUCUUAUAAUACUAUUAAUAAUCAUCAUAAUAGUCGUAGCAAUGAUAAUAUAAAUAAUAUAUUUAAAACAUUAGAUAUAAGAUUACCAGUUCAUUUAUUAAUACAAUCUAGAACAGGUCUUGGUAAAUCAUUGCUAAUCAAUACGAUACUGAAUGAAUUUAAAUCACUUUAUAAACAUGAUUUAGAUUAUCAAAUUAUAAAUUCAACUUAUCUUUAUCAAGAGAAUGAUGGUGAUACAGAGAGAUAUCUAACAUCUCUAAUCAAGAGAAAUAAUAACAAUAGUAGUACAAAACCUUUUAUAUUGGUAUUAGAAGAGUUUGAUUCAAUAUCUGUAAAGAGAGAAAGUGGUAGAGUUGGUAAAAUUGAGAGAGGAGUAACAACAUUUUUGUUGGAUCUGUUAGAUGGUAACAGUGAACCAAGCAAUGUAAACAGUUGUAUUUUUAUAAUUGGUAUAACGAAUAGAGUUGAUUCAAUCGAUAGUGAAAUGUUUCAAUGUGGUAGAUUCGAUUCAGUAAUCAACAUACCAAUACCAUCUCCACAAGAUCGUAAGGAUAUACUAUCAAUUUUAAUAAAGAAGUACUCUGGCUAUUAUGAUAAUAAACAAUAUUAUGAUGAAUUAAUAGAUUAUCUUGCCAAUUGUACACAUGGAUAUGUAGGUGCCGAUCUUCAAUUCCUAUGUAAUGAAGCUGCUACCCAUGCCAUUGUAAAAAGUGAAAAACAACAAAAAGAGAGUCGACAACAACAAUCUCAGCGUUUGUUGGUCAGUCGUGAGGAUUUCAAUGAGAUGUUUCACCGUGUGAAGCCAUCGAUAUUGAAUCAAUAUCAGAUUCGACUGGAGAGUAUCGCUUUCGAGGAGAUAGGUGCGCUCGAUCAAGUGAUACAGAGGAUAAAGACUGCGGUGUUGCUACCGAUUCUCAACCCUGAGCCGCUGGCACGCAUCGGUAUCGAAGUGUUGGCGCGACACCGUGGAUUCGACAGUAGCACAGAGCAGUCGGCCGACCGUCUUCUAUCAUGUCUACUCAUUGAAAUGGAUGGAUUUGCAACAUCGCAACAACAUAGAAGCAAGACUAAAGGUGCAGCUGCAUCUACUAACAAUAGCAUAGGUAGUAUUGUACUUGGAGCUACCACUAGAAUCGAUAUGUUGGAUCCAACGAUUCUGCGACCCGGCAGAUUUGACUACCACAUUGAAAUACCCAAUCCCGAUCACAACGGUAGAAUAGAUAUUCUAACGAAACUGACAAAGAAUAUGCCGCUGGCAGACGACGUCAACCUCUUCAAAUUGGCCGACUUGACCAAUGGUUGUUGUGGUGCCGACUUGGCCAACCUCUGUAAAGAAUCAGCAUUAAUUGCAUUAAGACAAGAUUUAAACUCAACAAAGAUUGAAAUGCAACAUUUUAUGGAAGCAAAAGAGGCACUAAAAUUGAGGACUUUUUUUAAUCAAAAUAUUUCAUAA